CAACAAUGGUGUCCGACCAGGACAUAGCCGAAGCACUAGAGUCUCUUCUUCGCGAAACAAACCCUAGUUCCCCAAUCACCUCCCUAAACGGUGUCGUCCAGCAGUUGGAGUCGAAACUAGGGUUAGACCUCUCCCACAAGUCGAUUUCAUCCGUACCCAGAUCCAGUUCCUCUUCCGAUCUCACCCACCACCACUCCUCCGCCGCCGCAACAACAACAACCCCAUCUCCACCACCACCACCACCACCAUCACCAUCAACAGCAACAGCAACAGCAACAGCAACAGCAACAGCAACAGCAACAACCUCCUCCCAAAGAUCACUUUCUCCUCCACCAAAAACCCUAAUUUCCAUGCCGCUCCUUCGCAGCUCCCUCCCAAUUUCACCGUUCACCGGCCACAGCAUCCGCCUCCGGCGACAAAGACUGAGUCUUUGGUCACCGAUGUGGCUACCUCCGCCGCCUCUAGUGCUGCUGCUGCUACCCCUGCUGAAACCCCCAAAGAGAGUGCCCAACCUGCAAAAAAAAAGAAAGGUGGCCCAGGGGGGUUAAACAAGCUUUGUGG